AUGGAACACAGCAACACAGGCUUAAACCCUUGUCAAAAGGUCAAGGAUAGCUGCAAAGCUGUAAUGGAGCUUGCCAAGCAUGUGAAGAUUAACAAAGAAAACCUUCUAAAAUUGGUUGAAAAUAUUGAAGAGACCGAGUUCAAAUACGAUUGUUGGGAACAAUGGCACUUCCAGACUAUACCUGAUGUAUCCCAGAUCACUGAUGAGCAAGUCAUAGCUUAUGUGUUCAUCAUAGAUGCACUUAAUUUCUGCUUCUGGCCUACUGAAGGGUUUGAAUAUGAUCAAUUAGCGAAUAAUCUAGCUAAAAUAUUAGUGGAUGAUCCUGAAUUUUUCACUUCUAAGAGGAUGGCGCAAGCUACUGAUGAGGAUAUCUGAAAAAUAUUCACUGCUGACUUCUGCCUCAUUCAGGAAAGAAGCAGGUUACUCAGAGAGGUAGGAGAGAUUAUUGAGACAAAGUUUGAAGGGUCAUUUUCUAACUUCGUCUCCAGUGCCGGAGGGAAUGCAGUUAAAUUAGUCGACCAGAUAAUCUCUAAUUUCCCUGGCUUCAGAGACGAAUCCAUCUACAACAUUGCAGGAGAAGAUGCCUUAAAGGGAGGCCAACAAGUGUUCUUUUACAAAAGAGUCCAAAUCUUAGUUGGCGAUCUCUACGCAGCUCUUGAGAAUAGAAACCAGAGCUUGGUCAGUCAAGAUAUAGAGCAACUAACCAUGUUCCCUGAUUACCGAGUGCCUCAGAUACUCCAUCAUUUAGGAGUCUUCGAGUACUCAGAAGACCUUGAGAAGCAAAUUAUUGAUGAAGAAAUAAUUCCUCAUGGCGAUCAAAAGGAAGUCGAAAUUAGAGCUGCCACUAUCGAGUGUGUUGAACAAAUCAAGGGUACUGCGUUUGAACACAACCCUAAUAUCAAUCUCAAAUCAAUCGAAGUCGACUGGAUUUUAUGGCAGAUGGGUGAGAAAAAGUUGGAUGAGAUGAAACCGCAUCAUAGAACACUCUCAAUAUUUUACUAAA